AUGCCAACGCUAAACACCCUCCCCCUCGAACUCCGCGUUGCAAUCCUGACCUCCCUCUCCCCGCCUGACCUCCUCGCCGCCUCCUCCUCAACCCGCGCCCUGCACUGCGCCUUCAAAGUCCUCGAACCCUCACUCCUCGUCGCGCACUUCGACCGAAAAUACCCUGGAGCCUUACACCCGUUAACCUGCGGCGAGACAAUCCUGCACCUCGUAAACCUAUCCCAGACCUCGCCCUGGCACCCAUCGUCCCUCGAACAACUCCUCGAACACGCCUGGCCGCGCUUCAAGAACCUCAGUCUCGAGGAAGCGCUCACGCCCAUCUGCGUCGCAAUCGCACGUACACAUCUCGCGUACAACGCGCGCGACAAGGCACUAUCCCUCCUGAAGCGCGUCUACACGCGUCAGGAACCAUUCACGCUCUCAACGCCGGUGAAUCUCGAUGCGAGGCUCAACCGCUCCGCUGGCAGGCUGAUGACGUACUUCGAGCUGCUGGAUCAGCCGCGGGCGGGGAUGUACCCCGUCGCCAAGAUGCUGCUUAGCCUGCUGGAAGGGACGGACGACGAGAUGUUAAAUAUAGGUGACGAGGUUUGCGGACAGAGCCCCGGGCUGCGCGCGGAGGUGAAGGUGCUGGAGAAGAAGUUCAAGAAGGGCUACACGCUUCUGAUUGGAGGUGAGGGGGUCGCGCAGCUACGGAUGAGCUGGAUGCCGAGUAAGUCCCGUGCUGAGGGGGCGAGGAUGGGCGAGGCGGGUGUGCUGUUCAAGACAGACUGUACGGGGUCGAAUUCGAAUUCGGCGGCUGCAAAAUGGCCGUUCUUCCAGCUUCAGGAUACGGUUGCUAUCAUGCGGAUGACGCGGUGGAGUCUGGCGGAUUAUAUGUGUGUGGCGUCGGCUGGAGGGGGGGAUUUGAUUGGGAUGACGACGCUGGAUAUGUGGGGACCAAAGGGCACCGGAAUGCCGCUCUACCGCACACCCCCCGACGAGUCCGAGAACGGGACGACGCUGGGAGCGCUCGUCGACCGCCCCGACGAUCCAAGCAACCAGGCUCUGCUCCGAUCGCUCGCGGGGAUUCUCCAAUCGGGUCUUAUUGGCGGGCCGGCCUACGCGUAA